UGAGGAAGUUGUCCCUGCCGGCCUCCCGUAGCCUGCUGCUGUUGACGUCACGCACUGGCUGACGCUCCCUGCUCCAUCAUCAGCGCUGGCCGGCUAGCUGGCAGUGCCGGAGGCUGUGUACCCGGAAUAUGUCUCCUGUGUGCGGCUGCAGGCACUUUGAGCAGCCGGAGUGGGGCCUGGAGACGGCCACAGGUGCUGAAUCUUUAUAGUGGACCCAGGCGCUCCUAGAUGAGGCUCUAAGUGGAGAGUCUGGGUAGCAGCAGAUAGCAGGUAGCUAUGGAGGAGAAGUACAGCAGCAAUGUGAUGAGUACCGGCAGGCUGGGGCCUGUGGAUGCCCCAGAAUCCAGGCUGACCAGAUACCUUGUACUACUUUGCUUCACAAAGUUCUUGAAGGCUCUUGGAAUCUUUGAGUCGUACGAUCUUCUGAAAGUAGUUCAUAUUGUACAGUUUAUCUUUAUAUUAAAAUUAGGAUCUGCAUUUUUUAUGGUUUUGUUUCAAAAGCCUUUUUCUUCGGGGAAGUCAGUUACAAAGCGCCAAUGGAUCAGUAUUGUGAAACAUGCUUUUGUUGGCUGUAUUAUCUCACUCCUGUGGUUCUUUGGCCUCACUCUUUGCGGGCCAUUAAGGACCUUGCUGCUGUUUGAGCAUAGUGACAUUGUCGUUCUAACAUUGCUUACUGUACUUUUCACUGGUUCCAGCGGGGUGCCGUCUAAGACUCGUGGUGCUGCCUUCUUCAUCAUUGCUGUUAUCUGCUUACUUCUGUUUGACAAUGAUGAUCUAAUGGCCAAAAUUGCUGAGCACCCUGAAGGACACCAUGACAGUGCGCUCACGCACUUCCUGUACACGGCAUUCUCGCUGCUUGGGGUUGCUGAUCACAAGGGAGGAGUACUGUUGCUUGUGUUGGCUUUAUGUUUCAAUGUUGGUUUCCACACAGCUUCCCGAAAGCUCUCUUUAGAUAUUGGUGGAGCCAAGCGUCUGCAGGCAUUGUCUCACCUUGUCUCUGUCAUAUUACUGUGCCCAUGGGUCAUCGUGCUCACUGCAACUACUGAGAGUAAAGUGGAGUCUUGGUCCUCUCUAAUAAUGCCUUUCAUCACCGUCAUUUUCUCCGUCAUGAUUCUGGAUUUCUACGUAGAAUCCGUUUGCUCUCUUAAAAUGGAAGUGUCCAAGUGCGCCCGCUAUGGAUCUCUGGUCAUCGUGCUCAGUGCUCUGCUGCUCGGGAAUUUCUGGACUCAUCCCAUAACAGAUCAGCUCCGAGCCAUGAAUAAGCCGGCUCACCAGCCCAGCACCGAGCACGUGCUCUCCGGAGGAGUGGUGGUCAGCUCCAUUUUCUUUAUGUUGUCUGCAAACAUCCUGUCAAUGACGUCCAGGAGGGGACAGAAAGGCACCCUUGUGGGUUACUCGCCUGAAGGGACCCCUCUGUAUAACUUCAUGGGGGAUGCCCUACACAGUACCUCUCCGUCUAUGCCUAGGUUCAUUAAGGAUUCUCUGAAACAAAUACUUGAAGAGCACGACUCUCGGCAAAUCUUCUACUUUCUCUGUCUAAAUCUGGCAUUUACAUUUGUGGAACUGUUCUACGGAGUGUGGACCAAUAGUUUGGGAUUGUUAUCUGACGGCUUCCACAUGUUGUUUGACUGCUCUGCUCUGGUCAUGGGGCUUAUUGCUGCACUGAUGACUCGAUGGAAGGCAACACGCAUAUUCUCUUAUGGGUAUGGGCGAGUGGAAAUACUGUCUGGGUUUAUCAAUGGGCUCUUCUUGGUGGUGAUAUCAUUCUUCGUGUUUGUUGAAGCUAUGGCCAGAAUAUUUGAUCCACCAGACAUCAAUACCGAUAUGUUAACACCGGUCUCUGUCGGAGGGCUACUUGUCAACCUUGUUGGUAUAUGUGCCUUUAGUCAUGCCCACUCCCAUGGGGGUUCACGAGGAGGAGGAUGCCCAUCUCAUGACCACGGCCACUCUCACCACGGACAUGGCCACAGCCAUGGACAUGGUCACGGCAACUCCCAUGGCGACCAUGGACAUACUCACAACCAUGGCCAUUCCCAUGGGUCUGGCGGAGGAGGGAUGAAUGCUAACAUGCGCGGUGUGUUUCUGCACGUGCUGGCGGACACUUUGGGCAGCGUGGGAGUUAUAGUAUCUACCAUACUGAUUCAGCAGUUUGGCUGGCUCAUAGCAGAUCCUCUGUGUUCCCUAUUCAUUGCCGUCCUCAUUUUUGGAAGUGUUAUUCCCCUGCUGAAAGACGCCUACCAGGUGAUCCUCCUCAGGAUGCCCCCUGAAAUUGAGAAGGGGAUAAACAUUGCCCUUGAGAAGAUCUCUAAGAUCGAUGGUCUGAUCUCUUACCGGGACCCACAUUUUUGGCGUCACUCAGCCUCUAUUAUUGCAGGGACUAUACAUGUUCAAGUGAUGUCAGAUGUUGUGGAACAAUGGAUUGUUCAACAGGUUACAUCAGUACUAAAAGACGCUGGAGUUAAUAAUCUCACGAUACAAGUGGAGAAGGAGGCUUACUUCCAGCACAUGUCUGGCCUUAGUACAGGCUUUCAUGAUGUCUUAGUCAUGACCAAGCACACGGACACCAUAAAAUAUUACAAGGACGGGACGUACAUCAUGUAACCAGCGGUUGGCGCUUACACUCAGUAUUCUUCUGCGCUCGUCAAAACAAAGACUUGAACAUAAUUGUACAGAAAUCGAAUGUACAGAUCUGCAUUUUAUACAUCAAGUUUAUUCUUGUCUAUUAGGAAGUUUUUAUACGAUGUUAUAAGACGACUUGUACCAAUUAGUUCUCUAUCUUGGAGUAACAGGGCUUUGAAAGUUGUAUUCUGCGGUUAUCAUAUAAAACUGGUUGUUAUAGAGGAACCGACCAUCAUUCGACCAUUCCAUGUAUGAGUAUAUGUCUGUAUAUACAUUGUACAUGCAUUGUACUGAGCCACUCGGAUAAUGUAUGUGCUUAUGAAGUGCACACUAGAGAACACUUUUUUUAAUAUAAAGGACUGGACUGAAUUUGGGACAUUUUAUGUGUUUAAUAUAUGGGAUCUAAUAUAUUUUAUUUCUUUUUUUUUUUUUUUUUUUCUUCUUUUCAUUGUGCCUUUCAGCAAAUAACUGUAAAUUAUUCACAAAUCUACCUAUAGUUUAUAACAGGUUUACGUUGAAAACUAUCAAUCUUCUCUUGGACUACAGUUCCCAAUGGCUUCUGGAGCAUGCUGGGAGUUGUGGUUCAGCAUCGUGUCGGGAUGCCUACUUCGGGUGUACUCCCUUUUGCAGUUUGACAAAUUGAUCAACACAAGUGUGGACAUAGGAAGAUACAAGAAACCGUUUUUACCAGUUUGCAUUGUCUGUAAUAAACAGAUUAAAAUGGUCUAUUUCUGUCACUCUCGACUCUUCUCCAAUAUAACCAUGUGAUAAGUCACCUUGAAAGUUGAAAGGACCAAUAUCGCACUUUGGAGAACUUGUUAAUAUGUAAGGCUGGACUUUAAAGACAAUAAACUAGGUUUUAUUUUUCUAUAAGUGUUCAAUAAAACA